AUGUUAUCAGCAAUUUAUAACCAACUUCAAGGAAUUAUUCCCCCUGAUAUAGGCUCCACACUUCCUAAUCUCAGGACAAUGCCAAGUGAUCUUGGAAAACGUACGGGUCUUCAAACAAUAGCAGUUCAUCAAAAUCGAUUUGGUACAUUGCCUGACUCUGUAGCUAAUCUCUCCACAUAUCUUAUCUUGAUAAAUUUGGAGCUUAAUCAAAUACAUGGAAGCAUUCCUUCAGGCAUCGGGAACCUCCUCAGCCUCACUGUCUUAUCUAUGGCAGUAAAUAAUCUUGCAGGCCCUAUUCCAUCCUCCAUCGGUAGACUUCAAAAGCUGCAUGCUCUGUACUUAGACCAGAACAAAUUCACAGAACUUCCAUCAUCGCUUGGUAAUUUGACUUCGUUGAUUACACUCAACUUGGGAGAAAACAAUAUCCAUGGAAGCAUACCUCUGAGUUUGGGCAAUUGUCAUAGCUUGUUGGAAUUAGACCUUUAUAAAAAUAAUCUCAAUGGUUCAAUACCCUAUGAAAUUAUGAAUCUCUCCUCCAUUUCAAUAUUCCUCUUGUUAUAUCACAAUGCACUGACUGGUUCUCUUCCAUUAGAAGUUGGGUCUUUGAAAAAUCUUGCAGUCAUGGAUUUGUCCUAUAAUAGAUUAUCAGGAUCCAUACCAAACACUCUGAACAGUUGUUUGAGUCUAGAAUGGCUACUGUUGGAGGCGAAUUCACUUGAAGGAGAGAUACCUCAAAGUUUGAGCACAUUGAGGGGCUUAAGAGUAUUGGAUCUUUCACACAAAUUUGUCGGGGCUGAUCCCAAGUUAUCUAGGUGA